UGAAGGCCACCCUCCCCGCGCGCCCGGGACUCCAGGUGGGGCCCCAGUGGACGAGGGAACGCAGCGUCGCCCACCGGGCGUGGCCUGGGCGGGCGUGGGGCGGGGCCUGGGCCGGCGCCGGGUCCGGCCGGGCGCUCAGCCAGCUGCGUAAACUCCGCUGGAGCGCGGCGGUGGAGCAGGCAUUUCCAGCAGUGAGGAGACAGCCAGAAGCAAGCUUUUGGAGCUGAAGGAACCUGAGACAGAAGCUAGUCCCCCCUCCGAAUUUUACUGAUGAAGAAACUGAGGCCACAGAGCUAAAGUGACUUUUCCCAGGGUCGUCUAGCGAGGACUGUGGGACUUCUCAGACGUCAGGAGAGUGAUGUGAGGGAGCUGUGUGACCAUCGAAAGUGACGUGUUAAAAACCAGCGCUGCCCUCUUUGAAAGCCAGGGAGCAUCAUUCAUUUAGCCUGCUGAGAAGAAGAAACCAAGUGUCCGGGAUUCAGACCUUUCUGCGGCCCCAAGUGUUCGUGGUGCUUCCAGAGGCAGGGCUAUGCUCACAUUCAUGGCCUCUGACAGCGAGGAAGAAGUGUGUGAUGAGCGGACGUCCCUAAUGUCGGCCGAGAGCCCCACGCCGCGCUCCUGCCAGGAGGGCAGGCAGGGCCCAGAGGACGGAGAGAACACUGCCCAGUGGAGAAGCCAGGAGAACGAGGAGGACGGUGAGGAGGACCCUGACCGCUACGUCUGUAGUGGGGUUCCCGGGCGGCCGCCAGGCCUGGAGGAAGAGCUGACCCUCAAAUACGGGGCGAAGCACGUGAUCAUGCUGUUUGUGCCUGUCACUCUGUGCAUGAUCGUGGUGGUAGCCACCAUCAAGUCUGUGCGCUUCUACACAGAGAAGAAUGGACAGCUCAUCUACACGCCAUUCACUGAGGACACACCCUCGGUGGGCCAGCGCCUCCUCAACUCCGUGCUGAACACCCUCAUCAUGAUCAGCGUCAUCGUGGUUAUGACCAUCUUCUUGGUGGUGCUCUACAAGUACCGCUGCUACAAGUUCAUCCAUGGCUGGUUGAUCAUGUCUUCACUGAUGCUGCUUUUCCUCUUCACCUAUAUCUACCUUGGGGAAGUGCUCAAGACCUACAAUGUGGCCAUGGACUACCCCACCCUCCUGCUGACUGUCUGGAACUUCGGGGCAGUGGGCAUGGUGUGCAUCCACUGGAAGGGCCCUCUGGUGCUGCAGCAGGCCUACCUCAUCAUGAUCAGUGCGCUCAUGGCCCUAGUGUUCAUCAAGUACCUCCCAGAGUGGUCCGCGUGGGUCAUCCUGGGCGCCAUCUCUGUGUAUGAUCUCGUGGCUGUGCUGUGUCCCAAAGGGCCUCUGAGAAUGCUGGUAGAAACUGCCCAGGAGAGAAAUGAGCCCAUAUUCCCUGCCCUGAUAUACUCAUCUGCCAUGGUGUGGACGGUUGGCAUGGCGAAGCUGGACCCCUCCUCUCAGGGUGCCCUCCAGCUCCCCUACGACCCGGAGAUGGAAGAAGACUCCUAUGACAGUUUUGGGGAGCCUUCAUACCCCGAAGUCUUUGAGCCUCCCUUGACUGGCUACCCAGGGGAGGAGCUGGAGGAAGAGGAGGAAAGGGGCGUGAAGCUUGGCCUCGGGGACUUCAUCUUCUACAGUGUGCUGGUGGGCAAGGCGGCUGCCACGGGCAGCGGGGACUGGAAUACCACGCUGGCCUGCUUCGUGGCCAUCCUCAUUGGCUUGUGUCUGACCCUCCUGCUGCUUGCUGUGUUCAAGAAGGCGCUGCCCGCCCUCCCCAUCUCCAUCACGUUCGGGCUCAUCUUUUACUUCUCCACGGACAACCUGGUGCGGCCGUUCAUGGACACCCUGGCCUCCCAUCAGCUCUACAUCUGAGGGACAUGGUGUGCCACAGGCUGCAAGCUGCAGGGAAUUUUCAUUGGAUGCAGUUGUAUAGUUUUACACUCUAGUGCCAUAUAUUUUUAAGACUUUUCUUUCCUUAAAAAAUAAAGUACGUGUUUACUUGGUGAGGAGGAAGCAGAACCAGCUCUUUGGUGCCAGCUGUUUCAUCACCAGACUUUGGCUCCCGCUUUGGGGAGCACCUCGCUUCACGGACAGGAAGCACAGCAGGUUUAUCCAGAUGAACUGAGAAGGUCAGAUUAGGGCGGGGAGAAGAGCAUCCGGCAUGAGGGCUGAGAUGCGCAAAGAUGUGCCUCUAUUCAGGACCAGGGCGGUGUGCUCGGGAGUGGCCCCUGGCACCUGGGUGCUCUGGCUGGAGAGGAAAAGCCAGUUCCCUACGAGGAGUGUUCCCAAUGCUUUGUCCAUGAUGUCCUUGUUAUUUUAUUGCCUUUAGAAACUGAGUCCUGUUCUUGUUACGGCAGUCACACUGCUGGGAAGUGGCUUAAUAGUAAUAUCAAUAAAUAGAUGAGUCCUCUUAGAA